CUUUCAGCCUCGGUAAAGUAGACGUGGCAGUGACGUCAGUUCCGGAAACUACCCGGAUCGUAACUUUAACUCCUGGGUUGAUUAGUUUCAAGCAGAAGCAUCGAGUGCUCCCGAAAUAUGAUGUAAUAUCGAGUCAAACAUGUGUGUACGUAUGCCCAUGAAGGAGACCCCGCCUUGGAUGUGAGCUUUGGGAGAUUCAUCCAUCGCGCAGAGGAGAAGGACCCGGUUGUCCCAGAGGAAAGGGACCCCGGCUGUCCCCCGCUGGUGACACUUUAACGGCAUCAAGAUGACGUGCCGGGAUCGGACCCUCGAGUUCCAGUCAGCCUGUAAAUCUCUCCAGAGCAGACCGAAUGGAGUCCAGCCCAGUAAACCGGCGCUCAGCGCUCUCCGGCAGCGCAGUGACUUCACUGUUAUGGCCAAGAGAAUUGGAAAAGACUUGAGCAACACGUUUGCCAAAUUGGAAAAGCUCACUAUUUUGGCAAAAAGAAAAUCUUUAUUUGACGACAAGGCGGUGGAGAUCGAGGAGCUAACGUACAUCAUCAAACAAGACAUCAACAGUCUAAACAAACAGAUUGCACAGCUGCAGGACUUGGUGAGGUCCCGCGGGGCUCCAGGUGGCCGACACAUCCAAACCCACUCCAACACCAUAGUGGUGUCAUUGCAGUCCAAACUGGCUUCAAUGUCCAAUGACUUCAAGUCAGUCCUAGAAGUCCGAACAGAGAACCUGAAGCAGCAGCGCAGCAGGAGAGAGCAGUUCUCGCAGCCCCCGGUCUCGUCUUCUCCUCUGAUGGCCAACAACUUUAGGAGCCGCAAAAAAGGGGCCCAGGAGCCGCAUGCAGCUCGUGAGCCGCGCAAUGGUUACCAGGGCAAUACCACCUCAAAUUUAAAAGAGAGCUCGGUCCUGAUGCAGGACGAGUCCCGGAGUAUGGGCGACGUAGCCAUCGAUAUGGACUCCCAGACCAAUCCCCUGCAACUCCAGCUUAUUGAUGAGCAGGACUCGUACAUCCAGAGCCGCGCAGACACCAUGCAGAACAUUGAAAGCACCAUUGUGGAGCUGGGCUCUAUAUUCCAGCAGCUGGCACACAUGGUCAAGGAGCAAGAGGAGACCAUCCAAAGGAUCGACGCUAACGUGGAGGACACCCAGCUCAACGUGGAGUCCGCCCACACAGAGAUCCUCAAAUACUUCCAGUCAGUCUCCUCCAACCGCUGGCUGAUGAUCAAGAUCUUUCUCGUCCUUGUCAUCUUCUUCAUCGUCUUUGUUGUCUUCUUCGCCUGAAGAAAAGAGAAGCCGCCGAGAGGCGUGCGGGUGGAGGGGGAAGUAGCACGUCGAACGAGGUGAAGUGAAACUAAAAGCUGGACCAAGACGACGUGUCCAGGCAACGUAUCUGAAGGACAGACUUCACUUUGGAAGUGACGCUUCGCCGGAGGCUGGAGCCGCUCCGAUUAAUACAAACUUUCCGGUUGUCACCAAGCCGCAGACUCUUGAGCUCAAUUCGUCAAUUCAGUGAAGAAGGAAGAUGUUGAAUUCUGUCCCAAUGAAAGAAUAAAUUAUCUAAAAUCCCGACUUUGUAUAGAGAGCGACAGAGAGCAACAUGUUGCUCAGUAUUUUACUUUGACCAAUUAUUCAUGAACAUUUAAUCAAAAUGGCUAUAAUUUAAUGGUUUGAUUCUGCAAACUUUGAUUUUCUUGUUUACCCGGUGUCGUUUAUUAUGAUUUAUUAUUGUAAUAAUGAUAUAACAAUAUUACAAUUUCAAAACCUAACAACAGAACUGAAGUUCAUCCUGGGAUCAUUUUGCUAAUUAGUUUACUUUGCUACAGUUGAAGAGCAUGACCGUGCCCCUUCUUUAUCAACAAUUUGUCAUUUAAUGAUAUUCUUUAUUCUGUUACGUGUUCAAGCUUUACUUGCCAAAUGAUUACUCGUAUAGCGCUGUGACACGAGUUGUGUCCUGAAGACACCGUUCCAGCUACAGACCGCUGAGAGGACUGUCGCUGCUGGUAUUCCAAUACAAGCUGUGCAAAACCUCAAGAUAUCUCACCACACUGUUUUAUGUGAAACGGUUUUGGUUGUAAACCUUUAGGCGGGUUGAAGGAGUUUAAACCUUGCACACAGCAUUCAAAUGACCCGGGUUUGACAUCAGUGCUUAUGAAGGGGUUGUGCUGGUUGUGAAGCCUCUAACGAAGUGACUCAAUCAGCCGCGUUCCCUGGAAGUGUCUGCUUGGAUGCCGCUGUUGUAGUUUCUUCCCAUCUUUAAUCUUUCUAAACCAUCGGAUGUUACAAUAAAUGACCAUAGCUUUUUUUUUAAAAGACAACAUUCUUAUUUUUGUCUGCCCUGUCUGUUCUUUUUUUUUAGCCAAAUGCCUUGACUUCAGUGUAUAAAGUGCAAAUAGUGAUAACGAUGUAUUGAUAAAGUGCAUAUUAAUAAAAUGAGAAUGGGGUGCUGGCA